CAGUCUGUGAGAUCAGAGAAAUCUGAGUCAUCCCGGAGAAGUCAUGUGGACAAGGCUGAAGAUGAGCCAGCUGAAGUUCCAGACAGGUCGGCAUCUGCCCAGCAACAGCCUGGGGUGGAAGUGGCUGAUGCUUCAACCAGCGACACACGGAUAAGCCAAGGCUUUGCUCUACCCAGAGGUGUGUUUGAUAGUUACCUGCAGCUGGGUGAGCAGCUUAUCGGGCCAGAAGUCAGUGAAACUAACGCUGCGUUCCAGUUGAAGAUGGCCCUGGCAAUGCAACGACAGUUAGAAAAGAAGAUACGGUCAAAGGUGGACUUCAGUACUAUGACUCAGGAGCAGGUGGAUGCUGUCAUGGCAACAGAUCCUUCGAUGGAGGUCAUCAGGACAGCAGAAGCUGCAACAUCUAUUACAAAAGACACAGGAGUGGAUCCAGUUCAAGAAGUUGUCAAUGAAUACAACUUAAAGCGCCACAACAACCUCAUCCCACCUGACAUCUUCAUGGGGCUGCGGUUUGGAGACCUGGAUGCUCAGACUGGCGCAGAACCGGCCACACCAAGUAGUGUUCCUGGCAAAGGGAGGUCCUACCUGAAUGUUAUAGACGUCCGUGCCUCAUCGGUCUUACGGGACAUACCGGAGCGGGUGGAGAAACCUGAGCCCUUAUUAGACCAGGAGUACCUGAACACAGCCAUUCUCAGCUCCGAGAGAACUGUGCAGCAGAUAGGUACGCUGGAGGAAACACUGAGACAAAAGUUUGCGCCCAGACCUGCCCGGACACCUGGCCGUGGUUACGAUUCUGUCACAGUGAAAGUUUUUGACCAGUUACGACCUCCAGCUAAUGAUCUUGUGUCUGUCGCUGUGCUGCCCAGGAGCAGCAUGUCCCAACCCAAAGCAGCAGUGAUCCGUCGUCUCCAGGACAUGUCCGUUCAGCUAAAGGCAAUCGAUGAAAUGUCUCAGAAUAUUGAGAGGGAUUUCCAGUCAUCUCAUUUGCUGCUGCAAACUAUUCAAGAGGUCACUGACUCAAUUCAGAGGUCAAGGUCUUCCAGCCCAGUCAGAACUGGUGUGCAAAAGUUCCAGAAAGAGCUGGGAAAUUCCAUGGAUGAUGAGAAGACGUCUAAACCAAGUUCCCCAGAUCUGCCAGCACCGAAGACCUCGGCCAAAUCUCCCCAAGUCAGCGCCCGGUCCAGGACUACGCUUGAUUCUAGAAGCGGAGACAGACUGAUUGAAGCAGACAAUGAACUCACCAAGCUGAUUGCUGAGGUCCUGCUCCAGGAAGGGGUCGACCUGCAGACUGCCGGCUUCUCACAGGAAAUGGCUGAACAGUUGCAGACGGAUGCCAGGAAGCAGAUCCACAGAUCCAGUGAAAUACUGAGCACAGAUCUCAGGGACAAGUUGGUCAACAUGAAGCAAGCAGAUGAACAUGUCAAGAGCCGAACUCCCAAAGAACGUGAACAACUUAAGGCUUGGAUGACACAGAAGUUCCACCAGAGACAGGCCGAGUACAUGAAGAGAAGACACGAACUAAUCCAGCGAGAGCCCAAACCAUUUAGAUCUCAGAGCACAGUGACCAAAGUAGAUCUGAAGAACCUGGAGGAGAAAAGUGAGAAAAGAAUCUCUAUGGUGUCUGAGUUCAUGAACCAGAGACUCAUUGAUGCUGAACAUCUCCUGGGCAGCAUCAUUGUGGACAGACCAGAGGUUCCCUGGGGCAGUGUCAGUUCUGUGGACACUAGAAGGAGGAUCCAAUCAAGAUCCCCAGCUAGACCAGAUUCUUUAACUUCCCCUCCACGAUUGGGUGCUUCAAGAAUGUCAAGGUCUCCUGACAAAGGCAGAGUCAAUGAAGCCACUUGGACUUUCAAGACAGCUCCAGCAAGCAGAUCAACAUAUGGUACGGAUAUGAGUCAAAUGUCCAGGGAGACCGGUUCCAUGAAAGGCAUUCUUAAGCCCAAGGAUGCCAGACCCAGUUCAGCAGACGUGUUGAUGGACCAUCACGUGCUGACCUCAAUCAGUGAAGGAGACCAGACCCUGGGGUCAAGCACUGAGCUCAUCAACUACGCCCGCCAGCUACUGGAGAACGACAGCAGUCAGAGGUUGUCUCCCCUGGCAUCAUAUGACAGCAUCCCAGACACAAGAGCGGCAAUACAGCCUGCCAACCAAGAGAAGACAUCUGCAGCUGCUGGGGGAGCACAGACUCCAAGAGGGAGAUCUUUCGCAGACAUGGUGAGGAUGCAGAGACCUGCAGCGACACGGAAGUGGAACGCUGUUAACAAACAGCGUAGACAACAAGGAGACAGUGAGAAACAGUCAGCCAUUCAGGAAAUUCUAACCAAGUCUGCCGCUGCUCACAAUCCAAAUUUGCUGAAGGAAAAAGCAAAGGAAUAUGGAUCCAAACAGAUCCCUGGCUUCAGCCCUGGACUAGCUGGUCCCCGAAGAGUGAAAACUUACUCAGAGAGGCUGCAGGAGAUGAAACCCACUAGAUCAUACUUGCCUCCAGCGAGGAGGCGUCUUUCUUCAGUACACACAACUUCUGCAAGAACAUUCCAGUCAAGCACCCGUACAGGCCCACCCCAUAAACCGCAGACUUACGUGGAACAGCUGCAAAACCUCAGGUCCAAGGCACCUGGGCAAGGUGAGGCUGGACAGACCCCAGCUGACAGGAAGACCCCAGCUUUGAUGCGGACUUUCCUCAAGGCUCAUGGCCCCAAGCACAGACCCAAAACCUAUGCUGAACAGCUUCAGGAGUUGAACCCACAUCCUCACCGAGAGCUGCAGCAGAGGAAAACCAUGCAGUCUACAGUGACACUCCACGGCCCAUUUCGAGCCAGAACUAGGUCAAGGCCGUACAGUGACCCAUAUUCGGACAUGGACUACGAGGAGCUGGCCUCGGUGCUGAGUGACUGGGACGUUGAUGAGAAUAUUCAUAAUAUCAUCUAUGGAGGCUUGUCUCCGACUGACUCUGCUAACUUUGUGCCAAUGAAUGAGCUAGAAAUGAGCCUAUCAGGGGGAGACAACCACUAUAUUGCUCCAUCCAAUAACCAGUCGGAUUACUUCAGUACAGUGAUGAAAGCAGGUGAUCAACACAGGUUGCCCGGGGCAGAAGAUGAGUUCAGACUUGAUGAUUACCGCUCUUCUGUGGAUAUCCAGGAGAUCGAGCGCAUAGCUGAGCUUGCUUCAGUGGGCAGUGACAGCAUCCUUAGUGUCAUAGACUGGGAUGCUGUGGAGAGCCUUAUUAAGGAUGUCUAG